AAAUGUGUGUAAAUAUGAAAGGAGGGUUGGCAAAUUUAAAAUAAAUGUGUGUAAUUACGAAAGGACGGUGGGCAAAUUGGUCUAUUUGGCCAAUAACGGCAAGCUGUAUGUCACCGGAAAGGUUAUUCUGAGUUGUAAAACUUUUACUAUGGUAGGUAGUCCCAAAUCUUUGUGUGAAAAAAGUUAUCGACGCAAAAACUAGUGUGAGUUAAAACGGAACUAUAUAGUUUUUUAACCGACUUCAAGAUUUCAAAGGAGGAGGUUAUCAAUUCGGUAUGUAUGUUUUUUUUAUGUUUGUUACUCCAUAACUCCGUCAUUUCUUAACCAAUUUAAUUCAAAUUAGAUUUUGAAGACAAAUUUUUGCCAAGUUCGAGUUCUGACGAUGGGGUCCAUGAGGAAUCGAGGGAACUCCUCAAAUUUUAAAGGCAUAUAUAUAGUGAUCUUAGUAUUUUCAUCAACAUAUCAAGUAUUUUCAUUUGUAGAAGUGACAUUUGAUGAAGUGGAACUGCUGAUGAUGAAUAGAACGGAACUCUUCAACUAUGCAUAAUUAGUUCACGUUUGGCAAUUUGUUCUCUUUGCAUGUUUGUCAAGCAGUUAGGUUUUCAAGGCACAUUUUUAUAUUUCUAUCCUAUUUAGUUUUUUUAAUAAUUAUCUGGUGCUUUAUUUCGUGCAUGGUGUGAAAUAAUUUAUCUUAAAUACAGUCGAAUACCCUUUUGCGGGUAUCUUACCACUCAACCAUAGAGCAAAUCUGAAAUGUGUCAAGGUGGGUGCAGUGACAAAAAAAAAACAUGUUACCUCCUUUUCUACAUAAGUAGGCGUAGGACGCUGUCUUUUCAAUUUCAUUGUUUGAAAUCCAAAAUCAACAAUAAUCGUUGUUUCACCGGUCUCCCUCAUUGAAGUCAGUGUUUUUUUCUUAAAAAUUAUUUACUAUAUUAUAAUAAGUUUCUGUGUGGCAGAUCAUGAAGGUUUUGUUAUUAUUGAUAAUUUUGUGUCAUGAUAUUUUAGUUUUUUAUUCGUUUUAUUACACUUUUUUUGUUUUUUUUUCUUUAAACAGAGAUUUGUCAAGUCUUGCCAUAAAAAAAAGUAUAUAAAAAACUUUUCCGAUGGUAUGUCGCUUAUUCUUAUUAGUUCAUAGGCCAGUGUAACAAACCUGCCCAUCCUACUUUGAAAAUUUCAUGAAUAGAUCGCAUAAAUUGUUAUCUCCAAUUGUCUAAACUAAACCAAUAGCCGUAUAUUUAUAUGAUUUGCCCUAUAUUACUGAGAACAAUACAGGUAUUUUAUUGUAUCUUCUUCCUCGCGUUGUCCCGGCAUUUUGCCACGGCUCAUGGGAGCCUGGGGUCCGCUUGACAACUAAUCCCAAGAUUUGGCGUAGGCACUAAUUUUUACGAAAGCGACUGCCAUCUGACCGUCCAACCCAGAGGGUAAACUAGGCCUUGUUAGGAUUAGUCCGGUUUCCUCAAGAUGUUUUCCUUCACCGAAAAGCGACUGGUAAAUAUCAAAUGAUAUUUCGUACUUAAGUUCCGAAAAACUCAUUGGUACGAGCCGGGGUUUGAACCCGCGACCUCCGGAUUGCAAGUCGCACGCUCUUACCGCUAGGCCACCAGCGCUUCACACAGGUAUUUUAUUGUAUAAUAAAUAUUAAAGAUUUUAGCUGAUUUGGCGGGCAUUAAUUAAAAGUCCAUACAUCUACGAGUACAAACGAAACAUAAUACUGAUGACAUUGUUAUAAUCAUAAUACAACCGGCAAAUAUUUCAAACAUAUUUUAUUAACAUUCCAUGAAGUCCCAGACCUCCCUAUGGCUGUAUAUCACUACAUAUUAUAAAACAAAGUCCCCGCCGCGUCUGUCUGUAUGUCUAUAUGUUCGCGAUAAACUCAAAAACUUCUGAACGGAUUUUCAUACAGUUAGGUAUAUUGUUUAACUUGGUAAACGCAGGGGUAAAGCACAUUAUCAUUAUUACUGCAUUCCGUGAUCGAAUGCGUUCCAAGCUGCGUUUAUCGCAUAAAAUAACCACGCGCUUUAUACCUACACGCUGCAACUUGAAAAAAGAUUUUUCCUACUCCUCUACUGUUAUCCGUCAUUUAUACAUUCAUUAACACGAAUAUAAGAACAUACAUAAAAGGUUUCAAGAAAAGUGUAUAUUGUCUAUUCCUCAUAACAGCACUUGUGCUUUAAAAUUGCUAUAACGUUACUGCGAUUAAUGGCUCCCACAUAACAAAUCAAAACUAAUACAGUUUCAAACUAAGUAUAUUGCUGCCAACUUACAAAAUAUUCAUUUGGUUGCAUAGUAGAAACAAUUGCUUCAUAAGUCAGAAAUACGCAUGUAACACCCCUAAUAUAGCAACACCCAUAGACUACGAAGACCGCUUAGCGUUGCUUGUUAGUCUCCAUGUGGCCAAAAUCGAGAAAAAAACUCGCUCUAAAGAAAAAAGGUGUCGCUGACCGACCGGGCCGGGGCGGGCCAGGCGCGUAACAAGGUAUGCUCGCGUAUCUUAGCUUUAUACUUUUGCUUUGUUUACCUAAAUUAAGAUUUAUUUUUGUUGACUCGUAGGAAAAGUAUUGUAUGCAACGUUGUAUAAAUAGGUCAAAAAACUGGAUCUCACGCCACUCUCCUUUUUUGACCCUUCUUAUACAACUGUUGCAUAAAAUACUAUAAUAAUUUUGCAGUAUUAAAUUAGUUUAUUUGAAAAUGCUUAUUAUGCUGAACCGGCAUGUUGGAUUUUCCGGGUCAUUCGUUUCGUGGACCAAAAUAGUUUAUUAAAUGUACUAUCGGUUCAAAGAAAUAAUAUAAUUGAUUGACUUAAAUUGACAGCGCCACUUUAACAAUAAAUAUGGAAUUGCUUUAAUUUUUUUAAAGUGAUAGUAGUUGUUUUGCAUUUCUUAAGUAAAGGGUUAAGGACCUUGUAACAUUACACUUCAUAUUGUAUGAAACUGGUAUUUUACUCGCGUUUUGUGGUCAACACGUAGGUAAAACAUAUAAAAGCCGUAAGUGUAAGAUACCAUGCAUCAUUUUCGGUAUACCUUCGACCGUUUAACAAUUCUUAAAAUGUACUCAAAGAUAUUCGUGGUUGCCGCCACGCUGGCCGUAGCUCUUGCUCGUCCUCAAGAGGGCCAUGGGCACAAUUAUGAACACGGGCACGCGUACUCGUCUCAAAGCAUUGUUCUACACCAGGGCCACGGGCAUGAGCACGGACAUGAACAUGGACAUGAGCAACUUGGUCAUGUUCAGCUGGGCCAUGUGCAACUUGGCCAUGUACAGCAUGAGCCCGUGCAUGUAGUGUCAUAUCAACCCAUUCAAACUGAAUCACACCACACUCACCACCACGCCGUUUCCUCGCAAAACAUCCAGCGCCACGACGUACCCGGCAAGGCGCCCGAAGGCCACCACGACUACUACGCGCACCCUAAAUACGAGUUCGAGUACAAGGUGGAGGACCCGCACACCGGCGACAAGAAGUCCCAGCACGAGUCCCGCGACGGCGACGUCGUAAAAGGCUACUACAGCCUGCAUGAGGCUGACGGCACUGUUAGAAUUGUGCAUUACACUGCGGACCACAAGACUGGAUUCAAUGCUCAUGUCCAGCGCGAAGGCCACGCCAAGCAUGCAGUUCCUACUCAUCAUCAUUAAUUCGAUAGAUACUAAAUUAUUCUUUAUGAUAUAAUCAUAAUAUGACUAGAUUGUUAUUUGUUUUACAUUUAAUUUAAUAAAUGAAGGCUGCUUUUAGGAAUAUGUUGCCGUAAAACAUCGGUUUUUAAUCGCCCAUUUAACCUUUUUAAAUCACUCACCACUUAAUAAUAAAAGAUAGUACUGGGUGUCCGUUUAUCCAGUUACGCCUCCUUUACAUCUAAGUUAUGGUCCAAUAUUUCAAAACAUAAGUUCGACUACAUAAAUAUAAUAUUAUGGGGCUAGUUAAGCGGGGUUCCAUAGAAAUCGCAAAUAAUAUAAACAAUCCAAUUUACGUUCAUUACUUCGCAAUCGCGCAACCUCUUAGGAAAAUCAUGGUCCUUUCAACAGUUCAUACCUACACUAAAAUAUUUUAUUUAUAUCAAUUUCUAGUUUAUAAUACAUGAUAAUUAUUAACAAUAAACAUUUUUGCUGGAUUGUGAAAAUAGCCUUCUUAAAAAUGUUAUGUUAUAUGUCAAGUGCUAGCAAAAUCUGUCAUAUUUGUUAACUUACAUUCAUUGCCAUUUCUAUUGAACUCCACUGUAUGGUUGGGGAGCUCAAAAGGCGAUUUUUGGAGUCACUCGAGCAUGUCAGAUUAAUAUAGGAGGAUACAUUGCAUCCUAUUGAGUACCUCCACCAAGUAUGAGUCCUUGAAACAGA